AUGGACACACAGACACCUUUAUUGGACAGACGGCGGCGACGGGCGACGGGCGGAGUGGCGGCGCGGCUUGGCCGAGACCUCCGCGUGGUGUUCCAUUCUUCUCCAGUGAAUUACUUGCUUGUAUUCGUGCCGUUGGGACUGGCGCUCGGGUAUGCCGGGGCGUCUGCGGGCUGGGUGUUCUCGGUGAACUUCCUGGCAAUCAUCCCAUUGGCGGCGAUAUUGGCGUUUGCAACCGAGGAGUUGGCGGAGCAUGUGGGCAGCACGCUCGGCGGGCUUUUGAACGCGACGUUGGGCAACGCGGUGGAGCUCAUCGUGUCCGUGAUCGCGUUGCGGCGCGGGCAGGUGCGGAUUGUGCAGGCGUCGAUGUUGGGGUCGUUGCUCUCGAACUUGCUAUUAGUGCUCGGGUUCUGCUUCUUGUUCGGCGGGAUCAACGGCGGGCAGCAGAAGUUCAACCAGACGGCGGCGCAGACAAUGAGCUCGCUCUUGGUCAUCUCGUGCGCGUCCUUGCUCAUCCCCGCGGCGUUCAAGGCCACGCUCCCCAGCGAGACGGAGGAGCAGAGCGUGAUCAUCGGUGACAAGCUCUUGAAGCUUUCGCGCGGCACCUCUAUGGUGUUGCUCGUCGUCUACGUGCUCUUCCUAUGCUUCCAGCUCCUCACUCACCACGAGAUGUUCGAGCAGCAGGAGGAGGCCGUCGUCGAGACGUACGAGCCCCGCCACGCGCAACUCUCCGUGCGUUCCUCGUUAGGCUACCUUCUGGCGUCUACGGUUCUCGUAUCGCUUGCUGCAGACUUCCUUGUCGACAGCAUCGACGACAUAGUCGAGUCUACUGGCCUCUCUAAGACAUUCAUUGGACUCAUCGUCAUUCCGAUUGUCGGGAACGCGGCUGAGCACGUGACAUCUGUUAUUGUUGCGAUGAAGAACAACAUGUCGCUCGCAUUGAGCGUGGCAAUCGGCUCGUCCCUCCAGAUCUCGCUUUUUGUCACCCCGUUCAUGGUCCUUAUUGGUUGGUGGAUCAACGUGCCUAUGACCUUGAACUUUUCUACCUUCGAGACUGCCACGCUCUUUACUAGCGUGUUCUUGUCGAACUACCUCAUUUUGGACGGCGAAUCAAACUGGCUCGAAGGCGUCAUGUCUCUUGCCAUGUAUGCACUCAUAUCCUUGGCCUUUUUCUACUACCCCGAUGAGGAAGCCAUCGCCUCCGUGCUCGCCUGA